UGUUUUUGAUUGGUUUAGCGGCUUGCGGAAAAAUAAAGGAGAGUUGAUCUAACGCGAGUACUAGUUGGUUAUUUGACCGUCAUUGAUGUAAAAUCUGGAGUCCCUCAGUCCAGCCUUUUAUGGAUCACCCCUAUGAAGAAACAGGGUUACAAUGGGACAGAGUACCUCGGAACAAGAGGUCCAAACAGAUGGCUCAGAGGACAAGUUUAAUGACAAGACAUUUGUGGAGGAGGAACUCCAGACCAGCAUGAUGAUGGGGAUCGUAAUUGGUGCUGGCGUCGCCAUAAUCAUCAUCGCCAUCCUCAUCUUCUUCAUCCUGCGGCGGAUCCACCUUCGAAACCUAGAAGCACAGGAGGCUCCCAAGUAUCGCUUUCGUAAGAGGGACAAAGUCAUGUUCUAUGGGCGAAAGAUCAUGCGUAAAGUCUCCCAGUCUACCUCCUCCCUGGUGGGUACAUCCUCCUCCUCUCGACCACGCCUGAAAAAGAAGCAGAAGAUGCUCAACAUUGCCAAAAAGAUCCUGCGCUUUAAGAAGGAAGUGCCUACAUUGCAGGCCAAGGAGCCUCCUCCCUCCGUACUGGAGGCAGAUCUUACUGAGUUUGACGUGGCCAACUCUCACCUUCCUUCUGAGGUGCUUUAUAUGCUUAAAAAUGUCCGUGUGCUGGGCCACUUUGAGAAGCCGCUCUUUCUAGAGCUCUGCAAGCAUAUGGUGUUUGUACAAUUCCAACAAGGGGAGUAUGUCUUCAGGCCGGGCCAGCCAGACAGCAGCAUCUACGUAGUUCAAGAUGGAAAACUAGAAUUGUGCCUUACUGGAACGGAUGGCAAAGAAAGUGUGGUGAAGGAGGUUUUCCCUGGAGACAGUGUCCACAGCCUCCUUAGCAUUCUGGAUGUCAUCACGGGCCACCAGAAACCUUACAGAACAGUGUCGGCACGGGCUGCUGAGGUUUCCACUGUUCUUCGGUUACCAGUAGAAGCCUUCCUGUCUAUAUUUGAGAAGUACCCUGAGAGCCUGGUGCGGGUAGUACAGAUUAUCAUGGUUCGUCUCCAGAGAGUAACAGUUUUAGCCCUGCACAACUACUUGGGCCUAACAAAUGAGCUCUUCAGCCAUGAAUUGCAUCCCUCACGUCAGCCCCCUCCGUCUCCUCACCCGACCCGCACCAGUCCCAUCCGCCACGGCAAGCGCUUUGGCAGCCUGACAGUGCCUGAGGAGCAACGCGAAGCUGCCAUAAAAGGUGAUUUGGUUGGAGAUCAAGCAAAGGAUGGAGCUACUCUUAGUAGGACCAUCUCCAUGCCUGUGGAUAUUGCUGGUAUACAGAAAGGUCUGAGAUCAGACUUUGACAUGGCAUAUGAAAGGGGACGGAUCUCUGUGUCUGCAGAAGAUGGCAACACCCCACCCAACUUUACUCGGUCUGUUUCCCAGGACCACCGGGAGAGGAAGGUGACUGUGGAUGAGGUUCCUUCAGGGAUCUACCUGUAUCCAGAGGAAGAGACAGGAGUGGACAAUAUUUUCACAACUAUAACCUGUCGAUCUAGUUCAGCAUUGUUUGAGGAAGCUCAGAAAGAGGUCCUUAAGCUCAUGGGGAUUGAGGACCCCUCUCUGUUAAAUGGAAAAGUUACCUUACAUCAAGCUAAAGCUGGAGCUGUCUUGGCCAGACAGGGAGACCAGGACGUGAGUCUGCACUUUGUUCUGUCUGGUUGCCUGCAUGUCUAUCAGCGGAUGAUAAAUAAGCAAGAAGCCGUCUGCCUAUUUGUGACCCACCCAGGGGAGAUGGUGGGACAGCUCGCUGUGCUUACUGGCGAGCCUCUCAUUUUCACCAUUAAGGCCAUUCGAGACUGUACUUACCUCAAGAUAUCAAAAUCUGAUUUCUAUGAGAUUAUGAGGGAGCAGCCCAGUGUGGUGUUGAGUGCAGCACACACUGUGGCCAUCCGGAUGUCACCAUUUGUCAGACAGAUGGACUUUGCUAUUGACUGGAUGGCUGUGGAAGCAGGUAGAGCCCUCUACAGACAAGAUGAUAAGUCAGACUGCACAUAUAUUGUUCUGAAUGGACGUCUGCGUUCAGUCAUCCGUAAGGCAAAUGGCAAGAAAGAACUAGUGGGGGAAUAUGGAAGAGGAGAGCUCAUUGGAGUGGUGGAGGCGUUGACCAGACAGCCCAGAGCCACCACUGUGCAUGCUGUAAGAGACACUGAACUGGUCAAGCUGCCUGAGGGAACACUCAACAACAUCAAAAGAAGAUAUCCUCAGGUGGUGACGAGGUUGAUCCACUUAUUGGGCCAGAAAAUUCUGGGGAACCUUCAGCAGGGUCGAGGACCAUUCUCGGGCUCAACCCUGCGUCUGCCAAGUACGACCACCAGUGCUGAUGUAACCAACCCUGCCAGCAACCUCUCUACUGUGGCUGUGUUACCAGUAUGUGAUGAAGUGCCAAUCAAUGCGUUCAACUUGGAGCUUAGCCAUGCCCUCAGUGCCAUUGGGCCAACUUUGCUAUUGACCAGUGACAUAAUUAGAGAGCGACUUGGAGCAUCUGCUUUAGACAGCAUCUAUGAGUACCGCCUCUCCGGCUGGCUGGCCCAGCAGGAAGACAUCAAUCGAAUUGUCUUGUACCAGACAGACAACAGCAUGACCCCAUGGACUCAGCGCUGCAUUCGCCAGGCAGAUUGCAUCCUUAUUGUUGGCCUGGGAGACCAGGAACCGACCCUAGGAGAGUUGGAGCAGAUGCUGGAGAACACAGCAGUCCGUGCAUUGAAACAGCUCAUCCUUCUUCACAGAGAGGAUAGUCCAGGUCCUUCCAGGACAGUCGAGUGGCUUAACAUGCGUAGCUGGUGCUCAGGGCAUCUUCACCUUAAGUGCCCUCGCAGGGUCUUUUCCAGACGCAGCCCUAGCAAACUGAGAGACGUUUACGAAAAGGUUUUUGAGAAAACAGCAGAUAGACACAGUGAUUUUUCUCGGCUAGCCCGAGAGCUGACUGGUAACAGUAUAGCCCUUGUGCUGGGAGGAGGUGGAGCAAGAGGUUGUUCUCACGUGGGUGUAAUUAAAGCUAUGGAGGAAGCGGGGAUUCCCAUUGACAUUGUUGGCGGAACAUCUAUCGGAUCAUUCAUUGGAGCGCUGUACGCUGAGGAGAGAAGUGCUGUCAGAACCAAGCAGAGAGCCAGAGAGUGGUCAAAGGCCAUGAACUCGGUAUUCAAAACAGUCCUGGACCUGACCUAUCCCAUCACCUCCAUGUUCUCCGGCUCUGCAUUCAACACCAGCAUCUACAAAGUUUUUCAGGACAAGCAAGCUGAGGACUUGUGGCUGCCAUAUUUCAACGUCACUACAGAUAUCACAGCGUCCGCCAUGCGUGUUCACCAAGAUGGUUGCGUCUGGCGGUAUGUUAGAGCCAGCGCCUCCUACACCCCGUAUUUACCUCCCCUCUGCGACCCCAAGGAUGGCCACUUGCUUGUGGACGGUUGCUAUGUAAACAAUGUCCCAGCGGAUAUUGCGAGGAACAUGGGCGCCAAAACAGUCAUUGCCAUCGACGUGGGCAGCCAGGAUGAAACAGACCUCUGUAACUAUGGCGACUGUCUGUCUGGCUGGUGGUUGCUGUGGAAACGAAUCAAUCCCUGGGCUGAAAAAGUCAAGGUGCCAGAUAUGGCAGAGAUCCAGUCUCGACUGGCCUAUGUGUCUUGUGUGCGGCAAUUAGAGGUGGUCAAGAAGAGUGCUUAUUGCGAGUACAUUCGACCGCCCAUUGAUCGUUUCAAGACCAUGGACUUUGGCAAGUUUGAUGAGAUUUAUGAUGUGGGCUUCCAGCACGGUAAGCUGGUGUUCACUGGCUGGGCCCGAGGUGACAUCAUUGAAAACAUGCUGAGGGACCAUCGAUCGGCCGACUACAACGACAGCAAAAGAGUUGACUCAUGCACAUAUCAAGGAGCUGACUUCACAGAUCUUGCAGAGAUUGUAUCCAGGAUAGAGCCAGUCCAAAACUACGUUUCUGCUGAGGCGGAGGAGUCGGACUGUCUGACGGAAUAUGAGGAGGAUGGGAUGGACACUGUGAGAGAGGAGGAAGGGCAGGAGGAGGAAGAAGAGGCAGAAGACCUAGAGGACCUGUCCCCUGGAGAGUGGGGGCCAAACGGAAUCUUCCAGACUGAUGAGGAGAAAUCUGUGAGGCAACGUAGGAAACUUACAAGUGACACCUCAGAAGUCUCUGACUGCUGACAACAAGCUGCAGCGGAAGAUUUUGAAGUGGCUCAUCAAGGGCCAAGAGAAAAACAAACUCAAACAAUGUGCUCCACUCCAGAUUUUUUUUUUUUUAUUUUAUUUUAUUUUUUUUUAAAAACAUUUUUUUGUUGUUUUUUUUUUUUUUUUUUUUUUUUGAACUCAUCCCCUAAGCUGUCUCAGCACCUCUGACUUAACCGGAAGUGGCUUCUUCUUUCUGCCCCACAAGGAGUUAAGUGGAUUUUUCAAAAAUGGCUUUUAAGGGGGCCCUCUCACUUCACGUACUCUGCUUCCUCAAACCCCAGAAGGACUCCAAUAACCAACCCCACACAGGAGGACCUUGCACACAACUGCAGUGUUUGGCUAAGAAAUGGCCAGAAAGACACUUCGAUGCAUGCCUCCAGCGUAUUUAUAUACACUGUGUGUGUCUGUGAUGCUUGAAUAUUGAAAUAGUACCAGGACACUGGAAGAUGGAUAUGUCAGGAAACUGCAGGAGGGAUGAAAUGUUGACAACUUGACAUUCGAAGUCACAUCAGGAAAGGUUGUAAGUAUUAGGAAGACGAUGGAUGAUGAAAUGGAUAUUGAAAGUCAAAGAUGGGAAAGGGAUUUUAGAUUGUUUCGAAAUGCGUCUACAAGGAAGUUAAAAAAACGAGAUGGACACUCACUGGUCCAUCUCGUUUUUUUAAAAUUAAAUUUAUUUAAGACUAACGCACACUGGCAGCUCGCUUUUGGUAGUUGUAAGGGAAGAGGAGAGCGAAUGAAUGUGUGAUGGAACUUUGGAUUCAUUGAGCUGCUUUCAGUGAUCCGAGUGGUUUGGAUGACAAAAUCCAGCCCAAAUCCAGGUGUUCCAUCCCUGUGCCCCUUUUGUCACAAAGUCCAGUUUCAUUUUGAAGGUACAAAAACUCCCUGCAGCUUAUGGUCCUACUGUACUGGUAAAUCAAAAGCACCCUGAUUAAAACUGAUUAUCACCUCAUAUAACUGAAAUGAUAUGGACUACCUUGUGUUGACAGUCAUGCGUUUAUGCGAGGUGUACAUUUCUGAUACUUAGUUGCAAAACCGACAUCCAAAGAAACGUGAUGUCAAACAACUGUACAGUUUAUUUGACAGGUCUUGUUUUAUUUUUAUUUUUUAACUGAUUUAAUGUUAUUAACUACUGAUUUUAAUUGAUGUUUUUUUGUGAACUUCCUUAAAUUGUGAUGUGGGUUUUAAUUUGCUUUGAAUGGUAACUGAAAUAGUGACAAUAUUCCUUCCUCAUCAGAUGCUUUGUUUCGAUUCAUUAUUCACGUUGCGAUCCCAAAGCAGCAAACAUGAGAAGCUAAAGAUUAAGAAUGAUUUAAUAUGCACAUUGUAAAAUAAACAUGCAUUAUGCCAUA